UCCAGGAAGCUUUCAGCAGAGCCGAGGCCUGAGCCGGGAAAAUCCUCAUUGUUCUGUACAGGAGGGGGAUCAGCUCUGCUGCCUGGAGACAAGUGGCCGAUCAGGAAAGGUGAGCUGGGACAAAGAGCGUAUGUGGGUCUGACAAGGUCUGCAGAAGUCACUGCCUUGCAAGGAGUGCAAGGGAUAAAAUAAAGUGCAAAGUGCAAGGAAAAUACAACCUAGAUUAAUCCACAGAGAGAGAGAGAACACAGGCGAAUUAGAUCAUAUCAAUAUUUCAAGAGAGACCAAUACAGCAACCCAUGAACUGACCGCUUGACGGGUACCACCAUGUCCAGUGCAGCAGAAGAAACUUCACAGCUCCCUUACGAUGGCACGUGUGAUGCUUGCGAGCCCGACGAGGCCAAGGAGGCGGUUGUCAUCUGCGACGAUUGUCAUUUCUCCUACUGUGAUUUGCACGCUUGUGAACACAAGCAGAAAUACGCUGCUCACAGGGUCAGAGACGUCUCAGACCCAUCUCCGGAGGAAGAAGAGAACACCCCCGUGGAGGAACCGCAAACGAAUACAAAACAGAGUGGUGUGACGGAGAUGAAGACCUGUCCCACACACAAGCAGGAGCUGAGCCUGUACUGCAAGGACGACUCUAAGAUUAUCUGCGUUUUAUGCGCAGUGGCCGGAGACCACCGCCAACAUGAGCUCGUCACCCUCAAUGAGGCCUACCAGGAAAUGAAGAAAAGAAAACCUGUCGACCUGAAGCUCGCCAUGGGCGACAUGAUAGAGAAGUUAAAGGAGAAAUGUGCCAACUCCAAAAUCACACGAGCUGAGCUGAAGAUUUUUAUACAGAAAGAAUUCGAUUACAUGAAGAAAUUGGUGCAUGAAGAAGAGAAAAAAGCCUUGCACUUUGUGGACCUUAAGGAAGCUGUGGCCUCUGCUCAUGUGACUGAGGCCCUAGCUGAACUCAAUGUCCACAUGUCCAAGCUAAUGGCUGAAAUGGCAGAGAUCACCCAACAACUCAACAGCUUUAACCAACUGGUAAUGCAAAAACCUGAGAAUCCAGAAGAAGAUGAAAGGGAUGAAGAGACGGCUCCUGACUCAGCAGCUGAAGGAUGCUCUAAUGCAAGAUUUCACAGCCCCCCUCCAGGCAAUGGACCAUGGUGAAGAGGGGGGGGGCUACAAAAUGCAGAAGACACAUCAGGAGGAAUUGGAGUCUCUUCUUGGACAACUUCACAUGAAUCAACCUCUCUGCUCCAGAAGAUUCGACCUCCAUACCAUGGACUCUUUAUGACUGUAUAUAAUUCAAGUAGGCCUAUGAAAGACCCAGUUGUGAAAUACCGUGGGUAUAAAACUGUGAAUUCUUAAGGGCUGGAAUGACUCUUUGACAUUUUUUUGGUAUAUAUAUUUUUUUCAUUGCUAUUAAAAUAAAAAGUUAGCAUUUUUUCCUGAAACAGCUCCACCACUGUCCACAGGCUAUGCCUGGUAUUGCAGUGAAUGGAACUAAGCUACAAUACCAGACAUGGCCCUAUGGAGGAGAAUGGUGCCGUCAUUUCAAAGAAAUGUUUUUCUAAUCUCAGAAGACCCCAUAAAAUGCAGUGUAGUCUGCAGGCGGCAGGUUAUAGAGCAGGAGGAGCUGAGCAGAUUGAUAUACAGUCUUA